AUGUCACAGGUGGAGGAGUCAAUACUUCAGGCAGGAAACACAGCUCCUAGCGCAGACGAAAUCCCAAUCUGCAUACUCAAAGUAGCAUGGCCUUUAAUUAAGGAUAAGGUACAAAUGCUAUACCAAAGACUAAUCGCUCUCCUAUCAGUUCUUGGUAAAGGACUUGAGCGCCUAGUGGCACAGAAUAUGGCAUGGAUCUCUAUACACUAUAAAGUAUUAGUGAGACAACAGUUUGGAGCUCUCCCACUAAGAUCUGCAAACAAUCUGACCACAUGCCUAACACAUAACGUUGAACAAGCGCUAAAUCAAGGCAUGACUGCCUCACUCCUUACCCUAGAUGUCAAAGGCGCAUUUGACGCCGUGCUUCCUGGCAGACUGAUCUGUAGAUUGCGUGAGCAGGGCUGGCCUACUAAUCUUGUCCUCUGGAUCGCCUCCUUUGCUACUGGGCGAUCAGUUCAGAUCCGACUUGAUGGAGAGAUUGGCCCCUCAACAGACAUUGCCUGCGGCCUUCCACAAGGAUCCCCAGUAUCUGGCAUUUUAUUCAUGCUCUACAUAGCGUCUCUAUUCCGUCUAGGAAACCCAAAGAACAAAUUUGGCUAUGCCGACGACGCAGCUAACCUGGCGAUCUCAACAUCCCUUGCUACUAACUGUGAAGCCUUAUCAGACUUACUUCAAGAAGCUCUUAACUGGGGUGCUGCAGAGGGCAUUACUUUCGCACCAGAUAAAUAUAAGCUUCUUCACUUCUCUCAAUGA